UGUUUGAUGGAGUCAAAUUUUAUUUUCUUUCAAAGCUGUCUCGGUACUUACUCACGGAGAGAAAGGAAAUGUGGUCCAGCCCGUUGAACGCACAAAAGCUGGGGCAAAACAUUUAACCCAAAUAAAAAAAGCCUUCUCCCAUUCAUUGAUAACAUUACCUUUUGGAGGCAGGCGGAACAUCGGAUGCCUAUUCAUCAACAGCAACAUAAAUUGUAUCUUUCGGAAAAGUCUCUGCGAAAGCGGGAGCGACCGCCCUUAGUUGGCGUGCACAAUUCCACUCAGUACCACAUUGAGUUGUAUAAAAAGGCCACAUUCAUUUUUUUCCGCCAAAUGUGGAGAUCUUUUAAAAUUUGGCUCAUUUUUUUACAAAACAGCACUGUACAUUUUUCCACCACCGACCACCGCUUUGGCGACUUACUACUGCUAAAUUUUUGGGCAUGUUUGAUCAGCCGGAAUCCCCAUAAUCGUAUGUACAAGUAACAGAAGCUUUCUGUGUGUGGGUGAUCUAAGUCAUAAAAUGUGGUAGAGCAUACUUCGCACAGCAAGAGAUAUGUAAUAAAUAAAGGAGAAUGAAAAUUUUGGAUGCUUAGAUUAAAUGAGCGGAGUUUUCAAGGUGUUUGGUAAUGCUGUCUUCAAUGGCGUACACACCUGGGAGGGGAAGAUUGGCAGCCAUGGAAAGGCUUCUGUCAAGUGGCAGUUCGAUGGAACCAUCAUCAGAGGAGGCUAUCCGUGAGAGAUUAGCAGCUCAAGUUAUCCAGAAAGAAAUGGAUGAGGCAGACGAGGCCAAUCUUUUGGAGGAAGAGGACAUGCAUGUCUUUGAAUGGAAGCCACUUACAGAUCCUCUGAAUUUGGUAUCUUGUAAGACAUGCAAGAAGCCAAUUAAAGCUAGCCAAUAUGCAGCUCAUGCAGAGCGUUGCAAAUCAUUAAGUGCUUCAGAUGAUACUGGUCUGGAGCUUGAUGGGGGCACUGGACACAAAAGGCCACCUCGGAAAGUCAGGAAAAAGGUUCAAACAACUCAUGAAAACCAGACUACAGCAGCAGGGGAUCAGGAAAUAUCAGAAUCUUUUGAUGGGGAAGAUACUUGUGCCUCAGAAUCAGCAAAUGUUGAUGAUUGUCAUAUGGGAAUUGCAUCCUCACUUAGCAGAGAAGUGAAAAAAUCUCCAAUGCUAGUUGAUGGAAGCUUAAUUGUAGACGGUUCUGGAAGUGCAAGCUAUUCGGAAGGUGCUAUGUCUCCUUCAAAACGUGCCAAGUUAUUACCUGUUCAAUCAUCAUUGACAUCAGAUAAUUCGGAUUCUAUGUGUGGAGUUACCAUGGAAUCUGGAACAUGUUGUCAGGGACCCUUGACUUGCAAAUUGCAUUCAGAAUCGUCAAAGCGUGCAGUUAAAGGAAGAAGGCAGGUUUAUGAUGUACUACUAGAAGAACACAAUACUAAAGUAGUUCAUGGAAAUGUGCCAAAAAGUAAAGAUGACCGUUUUGCAGAUAUUCCAGCUCCACUUGCAACAAAGAUAUAUUACCCAAGACAGAACCAACGGUUGCGUGCUGUACUCGGUCAUCUUUAUCAAGAAUCUUUGAAAAAAGAGAACUCUAAUGAGCCAUCAAUUCCUAAACCACUGUCCGGGGAUGCUGGAGUGCAAUCUGGACGUGUACAGAUUUUACCCCCUGACAAUGACGUAACCGAUCAACAGAAAGAUCUAAUGGGUCAAAAGAAGCAGAAAGAAUUAUCAACGAUAUCAUCAAUACGGAAAUCUGAGCAAAUGCUACCUCCAACUUCAGAAAUAGGCCGUUCAAUCACUAAUGGGCAUCCAUCUCAUAUGAAUUUUCAAAAUCAGUAUCAUGAAAAUAAAUUUGCAAGGUCUCAACUGCCUAUGGAAGUUGGUCCAGCUGGCAUUAUGCGGAACAGAUUUAUACAGACACCUUAUACUUUUACGGGAAAUGCAGGGACAUCUAUGGGUUCUAUGCAACAAGCUAAUGGUAUCGUACCUGUAAUUUAGUUAUAUGUUUGCUUGUCAGAUCGUAUUUUACCUCUCUUAGUUCAAUAAGAUUAUUUGCAGGUUUAAGGUUCCCCUAUUCACUUAAAAUUUAAAAUCUGGUGGAAUUGUAAGGUAUGUUAUUGGUUUUGUCGUAUACAUUCUGCAUUUCAAUGUUUUAGCAGGCCUCAGUCUGUGGACAAGAAACAUGCUUUGGUUUGAAUACGAAGAAUGUACAAACCAAUUUAGUAAAUGUAAAGCUAGUAAGUCAAAAUUAGGUGCACUUGUAGUAUUUUGACACUUCAAUGCCUUCAAUUUAUUAGCAUAAUAAAGCUCGGGACAACCAACUCCUCAGCCAUGCUUACAGACUUCCGUUGAAAAUGUUUAUUUUGAUUAUUGUUUGUAUAUUAUAUCAGACGAAAACAAUUUAUUUUCCAAUUUAGUUUCGAGCAUUCGUGGUA